UACGAAUAUCAUGGGACCGGGCGCAACUGCGACACGACCGCCCAGAGGGAGACGAUUCACGGCGCGCUGUAACACUAUUUCACCAGCGUCGAGAGCAACAAGGUCUGCGGAGCCCAGUGCUUGAACAUGAACCAUGGCGGUACCUAUAAUAGCUACUUGAAGUUCGGCAAGGCGGAGUGCUUCGAUUCCUCGGCUUACUGUGGCCGCGGGCUUGCUUUUUCUGCUUAUGCUUCAGGAGGGAAUUAAAGAUUCAAAUAGUUCUUUUUUUCCAUUAUCGGUUAUCUCUAUCGGGAUUGUAUCUCUAUCGGGAUUGUAUCUCAUUGGCGAACGUUCUGUUGCGAAACAAGGGAGUGGAAGGACCCUCCCCCCUUCGAGGUUCUGCAAGGCGUGGAUGCGUGGUCAAGGGAAUGGGUUAUCUUGGCUACUGUCUGUAUCUAGGAGAUAUGGAAUAUAAAG